ACUUUCGUUUGCCUCUCCUCUCAGCCCGCACCGGGAUCGGUUUUGGCGUCCCCAAAUCCCUAACCCUAGACACCUUGGUGAGGGGAAGAAAGUGAGUGAGAGAGAGGCAGCUAUGCCGAUGUCGAAGGGCUCCAAGAUGCUGCGGUACAUGAACUAUCGCAUGCUCGUCACGAUCGAGGACGGCCGCCGGCUCGUGGGCAAGUUCAUGGCCUUCCACUGCCACAUGAACCUCGUCCUCGGCGACUGCGAGGAGUUCCGCAAGCUGGCUGGCGGGGGCAGCGGCAAUAAGAAGCCUGGGGCCGGCGAGGAGCGGGAGGACCGGCGCACCCUUGCCUCCCGUCUCCGCGGAGAGGAGGUCGUCUCCAUGACCGUCGAGGGCCCGCCGCCCCCCGACCAGUCCCGCGCCAAGGCCCACGAAGCCGCAGCUCUCGCUGGUGCUGGCGUCCGACGCGCUGCCGGCUGCCGCAUCCCCACCGUCCCCCUCGUACAGGCUCAGCCUGGUCUCGCCAGGCCCGUCCGCGGCGUUGGCGGCCACGCCCCCGGGAUGAUGCAGCCGCAGAUCUCGUGCCCGACGGUGCUGCCGGUCUUUUACCUCCCGGUCGUCCGCCCGCCGGCGCUGGGUCAGAUGCCGGGGUUCCCAGGUCAGCCCGUGCUGAUCGACCAAAGCCCACCCACAACCGUGUCGGUGGAGUUUGCUACAGGGCCCGGGGCUCCACCUCCGCCGCCAUCUGGGACGCCGUCGCAGAUGAUGAGGGGUCCCUCCGCCGGUUAUGUGGCCUGGGAUGCCUGCUUCGGUGCCGACAAGGCCAGGGAUUCCGUCGCAACCAGGUGGAGCAGUCCGAGGCCUGGAAUGCCGUCUCCGCCUCCACCAAAUCAACAGCUGGGCUAGAACCAGCAGUGGUUAUUUGGACUAAAAAUUUCAAUCAGUGCCAUAGACUAUAAGGCACUAUGGGACCAAUAUGUACCCAUCGUACCAGGCAGUACAUUGGUUGGUACUGAAGAGGAUGAAAAAGGAAUGAGGAGGGAUAAGAAUGACAUGAAGAAAAGGAAAAGAAUGAAGUCAAAUGCAUCCACAUUUGUUGACUUUGAGAAUGGGUCAAUUGCAAGCUGAAAAAUUACUCUCAGCUGGCUUUUUGGUUAGCCGUGUCUAAAUCAGUUGAAAUGAAUUGGAUUUUAACUUUUUAAGUGGUCCAAUAGACCCAGAGUUUACAGAGGAAACCUGGAAAUUAACAUUUAUUGUUUACGUGCUUGGUACAAGGUGGCCUGGAUCAUGUUCUCUAUUGACUGGUAUGUUCUACCCGCAAUGGGUGGUAGGCAACAAAAUUUUUAACCUGUGUAGCACUGUGGUAUCAUCUCUUGUACCUUGUACUUUAGAACAUAGGACACAGAUUCUCUCUGAUUGUUUAUGUUGAUUUAAUAAGUUCCUUGUCAAUAUGUAUGUACCUAGGACUUAUUAUUGACGCAUGUAUUCUCCUAACAUAUAUUAUAUGUCAAACUCUUAUGUAUAUAUUUUGUUUCAUAGUUUAGAUACGAAACAUAGACUUGGCUAAAGAAACACUACAUGAUAGCCUUCUUGUUUCGCUUACAUGCACAUCAAAUAACUGAAGCUUUAACAUCUUACUCUGGCCUCAGUAAUUGAAGAGACUUGACAUACAACUCAUCUGAUCUCAUGUUAUAGGAAGGGCCAACAUCAAUAGAGAAUAUCAAACCCAAACAACAGAAAUAAAAAAUAUAAUGAUUGAACAAAUUGUUAGUCCAAUUGGUAGUCAAACAAAUUUUAAUACUUGUGUCGGAGUGUUGUAUCAUCGCUGAGGGCGGCAAGGGAGCGGGAGAUGAGCUUGCCUUGGACUGGAUCCCCGUCGGAUCUGGCUACCGCGGGAGCAUUGCGGAGUGCCUCACGAGGGAUGAGUUUGAGCUGGGGAUGGAGGCAACGCGUCGCAUCCUCACCACGUCGCCUCCUCACCCGCUCCGCCAUCACCCUCUUUCCGUCUC